AAAGUGAAUAAAAUUGGUUAUCUUUACGAAAUGAACGUUAAACCAAGAAGAAUCGUUCCAGGUUGCUUUGCGCUGAUAUCCGUUCUCAUUCUGAUCAUGACUGGUAAGUAGAUAUUGAACUUCGAACUUGGGCGUUUUCUGACGAAAUAGAAACAACUUCUCUUAAACUCAGGAUUAUUCAAACUGCUUUCAUUGAGCGAGAUUAAUUUAGGUUUUCAGAGGUAUAACUUCAUGGGAAAAAUGCAUUCUAUUUAAAGGUCCACCAAAAUCUUUCUCCCGGAAAAUUGAACUAAAUCAUUUUGUUAUGGUGAAUUUUUUAAAUUAAUUAGGUAUUUCGUUGUUGAUUUUAAUUCAUCCUGGCAGACAGAUUGAUGAGAACUGCUUUCUAUGAGAGCCCUUGACGCGGACUUUUCGAUGUGCGCGGCAGCGCUAAUAUUAAAGCCGCUAAUUUAAUAUACCGCUUAAUGGUGUCGUACAAUAUAACUUAGGGUUUCUAUUUACAUAUAUGGCCUUAAAGAAUAGUCUGUUGCGAUGGGAGAAAAGUGCUGUUUUAUUUCUUUUCAUAUGAAAGAACCGAAGUUGCGCGUCAUAACUUCACCGAACUGAUGGCGCGUGUUCUGACAGCAAUAACGUUACUCAAGUAAUGUAUUGUUCAUACUCAGUAGCUUUAAUUUGCCGAAACAAAUUUCUUCCAAAGUUCCUAAAUAGAAGUAUGUUCGGAACUUGACAAGUGAUCUAUUUUAGGUUUAAAUGCUGUCUUCCUGUAUAACAAUAAAUUAUAAUAUGCUUUGCAAUUAGCAUUGGCAAUCCGCAGAACAUUAUUUAUUAAACAUUAAUGCUUUUGCGAUCAAUAUAAUUGUAGCAAAGGACAAUAUAGUAACUUGAGAGAACGUGAUGGUUCGUGGAAAGCAGUUCAACUUUGUUGAACAACUUCCUCCUAAUUGUUGAAUGCAGUAUUGUUAGCUCUAUUUCAACAUUUUGUUGGGAAAUGUUGCCUGAUAAAUGUUUAAUCACGUUUGACUUGAUUCAAAAUUAUCGUCCAACACUGUGGCACCAACAUUGAUGUACAAUAUUGGAAUGGCUUGAAAGCUUUUGGGUAUUUUUGGAAUUUAUUUGUUAUCGUUAUUUGAAACAGUACAAGUGAUCUAUUUUAGGUUUAAAUGUCGUUAUUUGAAACAGUACAACUGAUCUAUUUUAUGUUUAAAUGCUGUCUUCCUGUAUAACAAUAAACUAUAAUAUGCUUUGCAAUUAGCAUUGGCAAUCCGCAGAACAUUAUUUAUUAAAUAUUAAAGCUUUUGCAAUCAAUAUAAUUGUAGCAAAGGACAAGUAGCUGGAGAGAACGUGAUGGCUCGUGGAAAGCAGUUCAACAUUGUUGAUACAACUUCCUCCUUCUUGUUCAAUGCAGUAUUGUUAGCUCUAUUUCAACAUUUUGUUGGGAAAUGUUGCCUGAUAAAUGUUUAAUCACGUUUGACUUGAUUCAAAAUUAUCGUCCAACACUGUGGCACCAACAUUGAUGUACAAUAUUGGAAUGGCUUGAAAGCUUUUGGGUAUUUUUGGAAUUUAUUUGUUAUCGUUAUUUGAAACAGUACAAGUGAUCUAUUUUAGGUUUAAAUGUCGUUAUUUGAAACAGUACAACUGAUCUAUUUUAUGUUUAAAUGCUGUCUUCCUGUAUAACAAUAAACUAUAAUAUGCUUUGCAAUUAGCAUUGGCAAUCCGCAGAACAUUAUUUAUUAAAUAUUAAAGCUUUUGCAAUCAAUAUAAUUGUAGCAAAGGACAAGUAGCUGGAGAGAACGUGAUGGCUCGUGGAAAGCAGUUCAACAUUGUUGAUACAACUUCCUCCUUCUUGUUCAAUGCAGUAUUGUUAGCUCUAUUUCAACAUUUUGUUGGGAAAUGUUGCCUGAUAAAUGUUUAAUCACGUUUGACUUGAUUCAAAAUUAUCGUCCAACACUGUGGCACCAACAUUGAUGUACAAUGUUGGAAUGGCUUGAAAGCUUUUGGGUAUUUUUGGAAUUUAUUUGUUGUCGUUAUUUGAAACAGUACCCCCUCGAGGAGUUCCGCUCUUCUUUCUGCCAGGGCUGCCCCUGCUGUUUCACCGACGUUCACAAAUGAAGGAAAGAGUUACAGUUUGUAUCAAUGUGUCAAAUUUACUAACUCAGUAUCAUUCAGAUACAUUUGACUCUUAAAAUAAAGGCGUCGGGUAAAUUAACGCUGGAACCACGCGAGAAAUCAACCGUUUCCUAGUUCGCAAGACAUUUUCCCUUGCUUAUAGGAAUUUUCAGAAAAAAUCAGAUCAGAUUAACAUUCACGUGCCAACAGUUUAGAAUGUAUCAAGUAUAUAUGGCAUGCCCAUUAUCCUUUAGAUUCUUGUUAGCACUUAAGUGGUCUCUAAAACGCUCUCUAGCUAAUACCUUCGCUGUCCACACUGGUUAGACGCCUUAAAACGUUUCUGUGAUGAAUAAAAUUAGCGUCAACAACCGAUCAGAUGUUGGUGAAUUUGAACGAAAAAUUUAUGACUCCUUUUCUAGCUUGCAGAACUGUGUACUGUACCUGAAAAAAGUCCAAUAUAAAGGCCCGUAAUUCAACGAAACUGCUCCAACAUAAUCCAUCGCCUGCAACAUCGUUCGCCUCGUUUCAAUGCUAUGGUGGAUGAUGUUGCAAGAUGUUGGAUUGGAUUUAACAUUUUCAUCCAACAUUUGCUAACAUUAUUUGAACAGCAGUGUUGGACCUUGUUGUAGAGUCGUGUGAACUCGAUUUACAUGGAGUUCACUGGAACGGGGGAUUAAAAUGAGGAGAUUAUAACAACAUCAUUAUACAUCACAACUCCGUCAUACCACAAGUAUUGUACACUAAACGAUUCCUAACGAAAUCACCUAAAGCAGGAUUUACCUUAAUCAACAUGUCCAAUACAGAGCAAGAAAAUUUCUGAAAGGAACAUUAAACUCAAAUCCUAUUGUUGAUAAACAAGUAAUAUUUACUCAUUAUUAUCUAUAAUUAGCUGUCGUAAGGACGAUAUCUUGAGCCAGAACAAAGAAUAUGCAAAGAUAUGAAGCUCAUUGUAAGAGUCUCUUUGAACUGCAGCGAUGGAUUUAUGAUAAACCACUCUGACAUACUAAUGACUAAAGCCACUUUAUUUCAUUUUUUAACUCUCUCCACAUACAGUAUCUUCAGGAUCAAACAUUAAUAUAACAUUUGAUAGAAAAUUGAAUAUCUCAAAGAAUUAACAUUCAAUAGUUAAACGAUUCUUCCAAACAUUCUGCAUAGCAAUGAUGGCCGGAAAAACAAAGCGAAGAAAUUCAAUCUUGCUCCUUGAUCUAAUUCCAAAUGAAGAUGAAAGGGUUCUUAGAACCAUCCGAUAAGAUCAAUACUUUUCUUUCAAUCAAUUAUUUCUAUUUUCUGCCGUUAGAGUUGUGGGAAAAAACUGAAGAAAUUCUUCAUUUACAAUGAACACAAUGAACACAUAAAGAAAAAACUAGAAAUUUCCACACACUUGGUUUUGUUAUGACAACUCUUUAUAGAAAGCAAUCUAAUGAACAUGAAUAUACCAAGGAAUACUUGAAAUAUUUUUCUAUAUAUAAAGUUUCAAUUACAGCAAAGAGAUAACGAGUUUCCUGCCAAGUUUAAUUAGUUAAACAAAUCUGCAUAUUAAGUAAGACAGUACAUGCCAGAAAUUUGGAUAUAACUCUAAACCCCAAUCUCGAUUACCCGCUACGUGAUAUUGCCGUUUUAGAGAACAUCCAACAGUAUUUGGUAUUGUUAAGUCACACUGCACAGUUUGUCGCAAAUAUUUCUAUUAUACUUCAAUUAAUAAGAAUUUUCGGCCAUUCUUCAAUGAAUAUACUAAAAUUGAGCAAUUUAGUAUUACCUUUGGGCAGACUGAAAUAUUUGGUAUCCCUGUGUGAACGUGAACGAACCACUUGGUCACGGUAAAUCUAACAUCUACAGAUUACAUUGUAGACCCCCCACCUGGACUUACGUCAAGAUGGACUUAAAAUAAUUUGUGGUAUGUCCUGUUUUCCUUCAAAUAACUGAAAAUUUCUUCUUUUCAAUUUGAUCAAAUAAGUGGAAUAUUUUCAAUUUAUUCUUCUUUAUAUUAUUUUAAAAUUGCAAAAUAAUUGGAGAAACAGUGAAUUAAAAAACUUCAUUUUCAGACAAUGAGUCUCAGCCUUUAGUAUUUCUUCUCAAAUUCCAGGUUUGCUUCGAAAGGGCAAGCGCUUGCGGGUUGGAACAAUAGGACGCAAAGGCCCACAGGAAUGCUCUAACGCUAUAACUGCUAUUUUAUAUAUUUUUUGUUUUCUCUCUACUCUUACAGAAGCAUCAGUUACGAGCUCAUGUGCUAAGCAGUUCACUGUAACCACAGAUGAAGACACCAAUGUUAAAAUUGCAAUUCAAGAUUUUCACGAAAAGCCAGCUGCAUCUAUACUAAUCAGUAACCCCCCAGGAUACGGUUCUCUUGAUUGUGAGCAGAACGAGGCAACACAGACUGAUGAACACUGCAGCCUACAGCCUUCCUACCUGCCUGCUUUAGACUACUCAGGCGAAGACGGAUUCCGCUAUUUUCUUUUACAUGAGAAUCUCUCGACUGUUUCCAAUGAAGAGUAUGAAGUGCGGAUCAUUAUUCGACCGAAACCUGACAAAAUCGUGGCGGAAAUGGACGAAGUUUCCAUGAAAUUAUCUGAUGGAAUGAUACAUAUUCCCGUGUUAAAAAAUGAUAAAUACGUAGACAAGCCAGAUGUGUGCAUGGUCCAAAAUCAUCAAGUGCAAGACAAGAAUGCUGAGAUCAAAUUCAAAGAUAUUGCGCAAGAGUUAGGAAUGGACGCCGUUCAAUCAGCGGUACCAUCAAGCCCCGACUGUGUUUUUGAUCAAUACGACCCAACGCUCAAAACAUGGAUCAAGGGCUCGUUUUGCUUACCCGAACAAAGCGCAGGCGCAGGAGCCACCGCUGAUUACGACAACGACGGGCUCUUGGAUAUUUACUACGCACGUGUUGAUGGUAAUGAUCAGCUUUGGCGUAACCUUGGCAACGGCUCCUUUCAAUUGGUGACAGCUGAGGCAAACCUCACUCAAACCAUGUACCAUCGAUCUUCUAGUGUGACGUGGGCAGAUGUUGAUAAUGAUGGUGAUGUUGACCUUUAUAUUGGAACAAUAGCAGAAGAUAGGUUUUACUUUUAUGUUAACGAUGGUAUGGGACAUUUCACUGAAGAAGCAACACAACGUGGUCUAGCUGGCAAGCCAACCAUUCCACCUUACAAGACUUCAACCAUGACGAUUGCAAUUGGCGAUUACAACAAAGACGGUAAAUAAAUUUUCAUUAUAUAACUAUUGUUUACGCAAAGCAAUUUCAAAAGAAAGUUAAAAGGCACCUUUGCCGUACUUCUUCCUCCUUGUAAAUGAAUAAAUCGCCUUCAUGUAUUAUUCUAUAUUUCAUAGGUUGGUUGGACUUUUACUCCACUGAAUGAAUAAAUACAAGUUAACUUGUAACUGAAUAAAUCGCCUUGAUGUAUUAUUCUAUAUUUCAUAGGUUGGUUGGACUUUUACUCUACUGAAUGGCUUCCACACCUGGACCAAAGUUAUGAUUACAAAAACAGCAAUCACUCUCUUUCAAAACUUCUCAAAAAUUUGGGUGCAGAAGGAAAACCAGGUUAGUAUCACAAAAUACCACAAAGCAAACACAGUUUCUUUGGUUCAUUGGGAGAGACAUUGAAGCCUCUCUAAGCAAUUGUUCUUUUGAUAUACUAUAACACAUGCGAAGAGCCUUUUUUACCUCUCAUUCGGAAACAACAAGGAAUGUUGGAACAAAACGAAUCGUCCUUGCUGAGUCCAUAUGAAAAGUUUAGGAAUUUGUCGGUAGUUCUGAUUCGUUACAUAUUUCGAGAGCAAAAAAAUUGGUUCGUAUGCAGAAAAAUGACUACUAACAAAUUCCGAAAUAUUUUCAGAGUGCAAUUUUUGCAGAAAGAAAUGAUAUCCUCGAAUCCCUUCUCUGGGAAACAUUGAUAGGAAACAAUGGUUCUUGGUUUUCCUGGGACUUCAUAACCUAGGGCUCUUAGUUUGAAGCGUAAUAAAGAGUUGUAACUAAUGCUAGCUCAAUGUUCACACAAAUAUGGUUAUUUAGGUUAUUUUACUGACGUGACAAUCGAAGCUGGAUUAGAUACCAAGCCCCAACCAAGAACGCGCGCUGACGAACGAGCAGGAUUGACAAAUAUGACGCCAUAUCGAAUCAAGAACGUCGGCCUGUUUAAAGAUGUCAUGCCAGGACCAUUCAGUUUGUCAGCCAUGUUUGCAGAUAUUGAUGCCGAUGGUAAGUGCGUGGGGCAAUAAAUAUGGUUAGGAUGCAUAUUCUUUCUUUCGGAGAAAUCAGUUUCCGCCGCUAAUUUUAUACACAUUCAUGAGGAAAUGUUCUUUAAAAGAACUGUUUGAAUGUUAUCCUCAAACUUUGCGUAUUUAAUAAACAUUUACAAAUUUUGUUCUACCAAGGCAACCUUGAUUUGGCUGUUAGUGGAGACUUUUUCACGAGUCGUCUGUACUGGGGAACUGAGAAUGGCACAUUUACGGAUGGCACGGAAAGAGCCGGAGUUGGUUUGGAAGAGAACGGAAUGGGUUCGACAAUUGCAGACUUCGACAAUGAUGGGCGACAAGACUGGUUCGUGACAAGUAUUUACAUGAGUAAAGAAUAUCGUGAACCAUACAUCGAGGCGUAUGGUCAGGGAGGAGGCAUGAUCUUUGGUUACACUGGAAACCGCAUGUACAAAUACGAAGGUGACCGAAAGUUUACGGACGAAACCGACAGUACAGGAGUGCGACCAGGUAGGAAACCAAACUAAUUCUUCAGUAAUUUGAACUUCGAGUCUUAUGUAAUAAUAUCUUAGCUUAGAGUAAUUGAUAGAAUACCCCAGAUGAAGUACUCCCAUGGUAUUGACUUGUAGUCUGGCGUAUUUUGGUCUGAGUUAGGGUAUAUGAUAUGCUUUUCUAUCUAUAUUGUAGGGUAUAGAUGUAUUAUAAGGUGCAUGGAAACUAUAGAGCAUGGAAAGUAGUUUAAAUUUUGGAGCUCAGAAAAUAAAUUUCAUCUUGAUUCUCAGGUUGGUGGGCUUGGGGCACAGCUUUCUUUGACUACGACAAUGACGGUGACUUAGACUUGAUUCAUACGAAUGGUUUUGAUGAUACUGAAAGUACUGACUUUGAUUUCCUGCAUCACACGGCCACUUUACUUUACGAAAAUCACAAUGCUGAGUCUGGAAACUCAAGUUUCAGUUCAGUAGGGGAUAACAUGGGUAUCACGGAUAGACGUGACGGUAGGGGAUUAUUUGUGUUCGACUACGACAACGAUGGUGAUCAAGAUGUGUACAUUGUUUCCAAUUGUGAAAAACCAGUUUUCUACCGCAACGACGGAGGACAUACCAGAGACUGGAUACGAGUCAACGUGCUCGAGGCAUACACGGAGCGAGACAGCCACGGUGCUUGGGUCUAUUUAUUCUCGCCGAAGUUUGAUCGCGAGAUUGUGCGCGAAAUUCGAAGUUCAUCAGCGUUUUCAGGUCAAGGGGAGAACACCGCCCAUUAUGGCUUAGCGCACGAGACUGCAGAGCGCUUCACUGUGCGUGUGUACUGGCCUGUCACGAACAAUACACGAAUUAUAGAAAAUGUUCCACGAAGAACCGUGCUGCACGUGCGUGAUAUCCGAGGAAAACGAAACUAUAUGCAUAUUACAUCAUCACCAGAAAAAUCAUUGACAGAAUGUCGAAAAAUGAAAGUGACGUCAAUCAGUCAGAACCCAAGUCAUGGUAAAGUGCUACAUUAUCAAACCCACGUGACAUAUUACCCAGCCCCAGGCUUCACGGGCGAAGACAGCUUUGAGUACGUCGUAAGUGAUGGCGUGACGUCAUCUAUUGGUCAAGUCAAAGUAAAGGUAUCGUUAACAUUACUAUUUUCGAAUAGUUUGAUAUAAAAAUUUGUUGAGCUAAUGGCCGUAUUGACACAUUGGUCAAACUCUGGGUUGUAUUUGGGUUAAAACUGGAUAAGAAGCGAUAAAACGUUCAUAAUGAAUGCAGUUUCUGAGUGCCUUUUAGUAUAUUUGAAAUAUGAAAAACACUUCUUUUGAAAUGAGGCGAAAAUAAUUGAGACGCGCACAAUGUAUGAUGCUGAUGAUUCUUUUGACAGGUUGAAAUGAUUCUUUUGACAGGUUGAUACCUCCGAUGUGCAGAACCAGUUAGAGACAAACGAUCCAUCCCAGGAGCUAUGGGCGACAUUUAGUGGCUUUGCAAACAACCUAAAGCAUCCUGACUUAGGUCGAGCUCUCAGUCCUCUAAUGAGAUUAUCCACACCUGGCUAUCAAGAUCAUUUUGAAACUCCGGCUGGCCAACAUCGUCCAAACCCAAGAAAUAUUUCAAAUGUCUUAGGAAAUCAGAAGAUUGAUGUGUUCAGCCCCACGGGACUCAAUCAGAUACACAUGCACUUUGGUCAGUUGCUUGCUCACGAUAUCGACUUCUCGACCCCCUAUGCGAACAUGUUGCCGACAGAAAAUUUUGCAAUUAAAAUUCCCACAGGGGACCCAUGGUUUGAUCCUUACUCCACUGGUACACAAACGAUGAGAUUACGGCGUUCGGCACACGCUGCCAACACUGGAAAACAUAGUGGAAUAGCGCGAGAACAGGUAGAUAUUUCUUCACUGUGAAAUUAAAUGUUGUCAAAACCUCCCUUGUGACGCAUAAAACAUGUAAGUACAGCAGGAAAAUUCACAUGAUAAUGAAGCGAAUUAUAUUCAGGCAAUAACUACAGCAGAGUUGAAAUACACACUAACCAUUGUGGCACCAUCAUUACAAACAGUACCUUUAAAUUUAGACUCUUGAAGUGUUGAGGAGGUCCCUAAAUUACGCAGUUUAUACACAGACAGAUCACGUGAUAGGUCUAUGGUAACAUUUUGUUUUCUUUGAAAGGUUAACAAGGUAUCGUCAUUCAUUGAUCUCUCUGUUGUCUAUGGUUCGGAUGAUGAGCGUGCUUCAGUUCUCCGCUCGGGAAUAGACGGUAAACUUCGGGAACAAUGGGAACACAACUUGCCUUUCAACACGAAACAGUUACCGAAUCUCAACCUUCUUGGCGGCCCACGCGAGAAACUCUUGCUUUCGGGAGAUCCACGCGUGAAUGUGCAACCUGGCCUGAUCUGUCUUCACACAAUCUGGGCACGUGAACAUAAUUUAGUCUGCGAUGAACUCAAGAAACUUCAAGCAUUAGAACGUUAUGAUGACGAAACAUUGUUCCAACAUGCCAGAACAAUCACGCGCGCAAAGUGGCAGGCAGUGGUCUGGUACGAGUUUCUUCCAACUGUCAUUGGUCAAGAAGCGUUCAAAAAGAUUCCAGAAUACGAUGGUAAGCUUUUGAAUAGAACGUAAGGAAAAUAUACAUAAUAACAAGUACAGUCAACGAUGUGAGAGGUGCAGUCCCUCUCACUACUCUAACAGAGAAGAUACUGGCGUCUAUAUCUAACUAACGCUUUUUCAUCAGGUUAUAACUCAAGUUUGGAAGUGGGUGUUUUUAACGAAUUUGCCACAGCUGCAUUCCGGUAUGGUCACAGUCAAGUUGGUAAUACCAUGUUACGACUGGAUGAUGACUGGAAUAUUUUGUCCAACGCUGGAAAUCUGGAUCUGAGAGAUGCAUAUUUCAAUCCUGGCCGCGUACUCUCGGAAACAGGUAAUCUGUCUGUAUAAACUUUCCCUCUUGCAAUAUCCAUCUCUGUCUAAAACGGACACUAAAUCUCGCGGAACAUUCUAUUUUAUAUAAAAACUGUUUCUUAUUUCAGGGAUUGAACCGCUGCUUCGUGGUAUGUUGCGUCAACAAGCGCAGAAAGUGGACAUUCUGUUGGUCGACGCAGUUCGAAACUUCUUGUUCGGUACAAAUACCCAAGGCCUUGAUUUAAUGACGUACGGCAUUCAACGAGGACGUGAUCAUGGCUUGGCUGACUAUAACAGUGUGCGCAGAGCUCUGGGUCUCGAGGCCAGAACAUCAUUUGCUCAGAUCACAUCAGAUGAAGUCGUCCGAAGGAAAUUAGAAAGUUUGUAUCCAGAUAUUAACGAUGUUGACUUAUGGAUUGCUGGUCUGGCAGAAUCUCGCCUGCCAGGGGGGUGCGUAGGAGAAACAUUCGCCGCCAUUAUUACAAAGCAAUUUCAAUUACUUCGCGACGGGGAUCGUUUUUGGUUUGAAAACCCGUAUCUGGAGCCGACUAAUGACAGAAUGUCCAAAUAUCGAGACACAAAAUUGGCAGACAUAUUGGCACGCAACACAGCACCUCUGGUGGAGUGGAAUGAAAAAACCUUCUUUAUUGAUAUCAAUACUUAAUUAAUACACUCGCAUUUUGUAUUGGAUGGAAUUUGACUAUGUGAUUAGCUACAAUCGCAGAUAUUUAUAAUGGCCAGAUUUAUAUUACAGGGGCCAAUUGUAUAAAAAAGUAGUUAUCAACACUUUUACACUUGGGGCAAAAAUUAACCAAUCGUAAUCGCGUAUUUGAGAGUUAACUAGUAUUUUUCUACAGAACGGGCAGUUAAGCUUUUUAUACAACCGGCACCAGAUACACUGUGCUGAACUCACUGACAGCAAUCUCGAACCCAGGGCAUGCAUGUUUGCUCUGGGUUCGAGAUUGCACUGAGAACGGGUAAAUCAUGCACCGUAUUUUCCAAAAGAGCCUGGGUCGAGCAUCGGUAUUUUCGUGUUAGUUUGUCUAAUACCGUAUUUCGAGUUGCGCAGUAGACCGACCACGCCUGCCUCCCGUAAUGGAUGGUCCGUCCGCAAUUUAUGCAGAACUGCAUUUUUAUCCAGACGAAGGAAUAAAUAUCAUGUUGUUAGACUGGAGAUAGCAUAGUCAUAUUAAGAACUUGAGCCAUGCAUUUAGGAAUUCUGUAUAUGUGAAUAAUAUUGUACACAAUUGAUGUGUAAUUCCAUGGACUAUUUUUAUUUAUUGUAGGAUAUUAACAAUAUAUAGCUGUAGGACAGUAUGCUUAACAUGCACGCGUGUAAUAUUAUUUAAAACUUCAAGAUGCUUGAGGGAUACACCUGAGUGUAUCCCUCAUAGACUGCCAUGAUGUAAAAUGAAUAUUUCAAGGCCACAAUUAAGAAUUUGUAAUAAAACUGUUCCUGUUGGUUCAUUUUUGAUACAUAAACAGACAUUUUUAUUAUUUAAAAAAAAACUUUGACACUGAAAGUAAUUAUGCUCACUUUGUCAGGCUGUUGCAGUAUAUGGAUCUAUUGAUAGUCGCUAGGAGCCCGAAUCACACAAGAAUACAAUUCUUACCAACAAAAGCUUGUUCAAUUGUUAAAAAAGCAUUUUAACUAUAUUGUGCAUUUUAUUUUGGUCAGACAUUUUCCUGGGAAUUUUUACGAAACCCUUACUGAUCAAGAUCUGGUUAACACUGCAACUGCCUACGCUUUACAGAAUGUAUUGUUCUCGUAUUCACAGCGUGGUCAUGCAAAACCACACAACAGUUCAAUUACAAGCGUUUGUUUUUCAAAAAUUGUUUCUAAUCCACCUUAGAUGUCACCUCGACAGUAAUACAGUAAGUACGGAUCUCGAUUUGACAAUGGGUGAAACACAAACUUAGGUGGAACCAGUCUGACAUUUAUGUCAUCAGCUCUGAGCCAGCCUACUGCUGGAUGAGAAAUAUCUGACGUGUAGUGUCCUCCAUGUAAGUUCUUGCCAUGAUGAUAUGUGACGGCAAAAAGCUUAUAUGUCAACAUAUUCUUGCUUCUGACUUUAUUCACUUUCGAUAAUGUUUCUGCCGGUACUUGAAUCUGUGGCUCGUAGCUUAUCUUCUUUGUUAGCUUUUCACAACCAUUCUUGUUGACAACAAAUCGUUUGAGAUGUAACACUAACACAACAGGCAAAGUGUCUAGUGUCCAUUUCUUGGAAACUUCAACUUCCGUUUUGCUUUUAUCACACUGAAAGCCCUCGACUUCUUCAACUCGGAAAAAAUUAUCAAAAGCUUGUUGGACCGUAUUUACUUCCCCGCGAAGGUCCAAGGGAAUGGUGAAGAAGGGCUGGAUGCUUGCAGAUUCCUUCAUGCCAGCUUGAACUAAUGACGAUCUCAAGUACCCGCCAAACAUUGCUGCAACUGGCGACUUAGACAUGGCUGCUUUCCGCGUAACUGUUGAUCUGUUCCGAGGCCCAACUUGUUCCCAGUCACCAACUUGCUCUGCAACUACGUCAUUACUUGUUGCAUCUUGUUGCGUCUUGUCGCCCGUAAGUUGCACCAUCUCAUCAUGCAAACCAUUCAGGAUCCAGCUAAGAAACUCUUCUGCGUCUUCUUGCUUUCCUUGUUGUGAUAACGUUGUUUUGACUUGACUCAACAUUUUAUAAACAUAUCUUGGCUCAAACGGCAUGCCCAUCACAAUUUCCUGCUUAUUCCACUCACGAGAUUUCCCAGUGGAUUGUUGUGGAGGUAUUUCAUUAAACUGGCUGGCAAACAAUACUAGUGCAUCAAGUAUUGGCGUAUGGCUUAUACCACGUUCAGUUUUGAGCUUAAAUUUCAUAAGAAAAUGGUAAAAUGAUGGGCAGAAUAGUAGAACUUGCAGCGUAGAGUUGAUAUAACACCAAUUACCAUUGUUCUUUAAUCCACGAGGCUGUAACGAUGGAACCUGAUUGGUCAAUGAGACUUUCCUGAGGACAUCCAAGAAAUACUGUUGAAAUUGGUCUUUUUUUGCUAAGCUAUCUUCGAGACUAUGGUCUGGUUGUUGUAGUGGUCCUUGGAGCUUCGGUAAUGGACCCUGUGGCUUGCUGGAGGGUUUGGUUUUGAAGAGGUCUGCCCAUAAGCUCUUUACACCUUCAUUUCGAGAUUCCACUGUUCUAGUUGAUGUUGUGAACAUGGUUUUUGUACCAACAGUGACAACAUUUGUUGCAUUGUCAGAUUGUACAGAGGUUUUAACUGGCUCAGGGCCAUUUUCAACAUUCUUAUGUAACGUAACAUUGUUUGGCGCGCUUUCAUCUGCAAUAUUUUUCUCUCCACAAGACACAAUUUGCUCUUGGGUAGUUGGGAUAAGGUUAGAGUCCUGUGAAAUAUCGUAUUUAUCUGAAACCUCAUUAUUAUCAUGUGCUUGAUCAUCAUUCUGGCUUGCAAGAAAUUCUCUUGGGGUCUCCUUUUCAGGGCAUAAAUUCUCCCGUAGCUCAUUUUCAGUGUUCAAUCCAGCAUUAUUGUCCACAUUUUCAACUGUUGAUGAAAUAUCAGUUUGAGUGUAAUCUGGCUUAUUACAAGGUUCGCUUGAAGUGUGAAAGUGGAAAUCUUCAGGAAAUUCUAUACCGCUUGAUUUUACAGCCUCGUCAGAAAAGUACAAUAACUGUUCUUCCUCUGUAAAGGUCCCAAAAAUAAUCGGAGAUAAUCUUUCCAUUAUGCCAGAGUAAAAGAACUCACUUCAUAUCAAGAAAUCUGAGCAAAUACAACUGGAAAAUUUUGAUUCAAAUCUCGGCCAUGCUGCCCAUGUGAGUAAACCACUGAUAGAGUAAACGUGUAGAACAGAAUGCAUUUUGGGUUGGCG